AUGUGGGGCAUUUGCAGCAGAACCAUGGUGGGGAUGGCGAAACCCUGUGGCUUAAUGAAGUCCUGUCACUUGGUGAAGCCCGUAUCAGCGGCUCGGGUCUCUGGCAGAUACCUGACCCACCAGAAGGGACUGCCCGGUCUGCCUGUCCCCCCUCUGCAGCAGACCUGCGAGCGCUACGUCCGUGCCCUGGAGCCCAUCUUGGAGGUCGAUGAGCUGAAGCAAACUCGAGAGCUGGUGGCCGAGUUUCAGAAAGCAGGAGGCGUUGGAGAGAGACUUCAGAGGAGCCUGGAAAAGAGAGCACAGAACACAGAGAACUGGUUGUCAGAGUGGUGGGUGCUGGUUGCUUACCUCGAUUACCGGUUACCUGUGGUGGUUCAUUCAAGCCCCGGGUUGGUCUUGCCCCGCAUGAACUUCAGUGAUAAGCAGGGACAAAUAAGGUUUGCUGCCAAACUGACCGCAGGUGUCUUGGACUUUAAGACAAUGAUUGACAAUGAGACACUACCAGUUGAAUAUCUGGGAGGGAAGCCCCUGUGUAUGAACCAGUACUACGAAGUGCUGUCCUCCUGCCGUAUCCCUGGUCUGAAGAGAGACUCGGUGGUGAACCACGCCAAGACCUCCAAACACAUUACUGUGGUACACAACUUUCAGUUCUUUGCGUUGGAGGUGUACAACAGUGAUGGGACUCCACUGACAGCCGAUCAGCUCUGUAUUCAGCUGGAGAGGAUCUGCAGCGCCUCGCUGCAGACCAACGUGGAGCCCGUCGGCAUCCUCACCACCCAGCAUCGCGAUUCCUGGGGCAAGGCCUACGUCAACCUCAGCAAAGAUAAGACCAACAGAGAGUCGGUGUCGGCUAUCCAAAGGAGCAUCUUCACUUUGUGUUUGGAUGGAGCGAUGCCUCAGGUGUCUGAUGAGAUGCUCCGCAGCUGUGCUGCCGUCCAGAUGCUCCAUGGAGGAGGCAGCCAGUGGAACAGUGGCAACCGCUGGUUUGACAAGACACUGCAGUUUAUUAUUGGAGAAGACGGGGUAUGUGGUGCGAACUACGAGCAUGCCCCAGCUGAGGGCCCCCCCAUAGUGGCCUUGAUCGACCAUGCUGUAGAAUACACGAGGAAGCCAGAGAUGGCGCAGACUCCCAUGGUGCCUUUGCCCAUGCCCCAGAAACUGCACUUUAACAUCACGCCCGAGAUCAAGAAGGACAUUGAGGAGGCCAAGCACGCCAUGAACAUACUGGCCCAAGACUUGGAUAUGAUGGUCACGGUAUUUGGCCACUUUGGGAAAAAUGUGCCAAAGGCCCACAAGAUGAGCCCGGAUGCUUUCAUACAGAUGGCCCUACAACUGGCUUACUACAGGAUGUACCAGCGCUGCUGUGCCACAUAUGAAAGUGCCUCCCUGCGUAUGUUCAGACUGGGCCGAACAGAUACAAUCCGAUCCGCCUCGAGUGCCUCCGCUGCCUUUGUCAGAGCCUUUGAUGACCCCAGCAAACCGAACACCGAGAAGGUUGAUCUAAUGGAGAAAGCUGUAAAUGCACACAGGUCAUAUACUAACAUGGCAAUCACUGGCCAGGCCAUAGACAGACACCUCCUAGGCCUUAAGAUGGUGGCUGUUGAAGAAAAACUCUCCAUACCUGAUAUCUACACAGACACUGCCUACGCCAAAGCCUUACACUACAAGCUAUCUACAAGCCAGGUGCCGUCCAAGACUGACUGCGUCAUGUGUUUCGGCCCGGUUUCCUCCGACGGAUACGGCGUGUGCUACAAUCCUAUGAACGAUCACAUCAACUUUGCAGUGUCGUCUUUCAACACCUGUAAAGAAACCAACGCAGCACAUCUGGCCCAGGCCGUGGAGGGCGCACUGUUGGACAUGAGGACACUGCUGGAACAAACCCCAAAAGCCAAGCUGUGAAGGGCCUCCAGACUUUACUGACCUCUUUGUAACUGAAGUAGACGCGACAGGGCUAGGAUAGGCUUGAUAGGAAGACCGCUCUUAGUGUGAUUGAGUGACAUUCGGAUGACUGAACCCCACACCUGGUGCAAGCUACAGUUGGUAGUCUGAACCAGCGUUCUCACCAUGUUAUUGAUCAUCAUUAUCAUGCACUUUAAAUGAUGCUGUGAUAGUUGCUGUGUAAUGGCUGGGCAGUGCAACAGUUUCAAAGGGAGAGAGACUCGCAUGCACUUGUUUGGCUGGCCAGCUACCACAAUAAAGAUCCGAGAAGCUCGGAUUACAACACACACAGCGGGAGUGAGGCAUUCUCUGCUCAGGACUAGGGCUGGGCAUCGUUCAAAAUCUUUCGAUCCGGUGCCGAUUUUGAUACCUCAGUUUCGAUGCCAGUUCCUUAACGAUACUUUUUCCGAUACCAUAUGUUUUAAAAUCCAUUACAACAGAAACAAAAAUACAUUAAACACAAAACUUUUAUUUUCCA